AUGCACGCUGAUCGGCGGCUAAAGCUGCUGAUCAGCGUGCAUUCUGACAGCAUUCCGACAACUGUAUUGGAGUUUUCUACUGUUCAUUGUUGGACAUAUAACUUCUCAAUAGAAUCUAUGGACUAUGAGCAGGCUCGGCAAUUUUGUCAGAGUAAAUAUACUGACCUUGUGGCCAUACAAAACAAAAGAGAGAUUGAGUACCUUGAAAAGAACAUCCCCAGAAACCCAACUUACUACUGGAUAGGGAUUAGGAAAAUCAAUGGGUUAUGGACUUGGGUGGGAACCAAUAAGACACUUACAGAAGAAGCAACAAACUGGGGUGAAAAUGAACCAAACAAUAAAAGGAAUACUGAGGAUUGUGUUGAGAUAUAUAUAAAUCGAGACAAGGAUUCAGGAAAGUGGAAUGAUGAUGCCUGCAGCAAGAAGAAAAGGGCACUGUGUUACACAGCAUCAUGCAAAAAAUUAUCAUGCAGUGGUCAUGGAGAAUGCAUUGAGACAAUCAAUAAUUACACAUGUGCUUGUGAUGCAGGAUUCUAUGGAUCUCAGUGUGAACACGUUGUACAAUGUCCGCAUUUAUCAUCUCAACCUCAGGGGUAUAUGAACUGUUCUCAUCAGUGGGGAAACUUCAGUUUUCAAUCCUUAUGCCAUUUUGGUUGCUUGGAAGGAUUUCUUCUUAAUGGAAGUAAUAUGAGCCAAUGCCGGUCUUCUGGGAGAUGGAGCAACGAUACUCCACAUUGCUCAGCUGUUAAAUGUGAUGUGCCCAAUAUUCCAAAGCAUGGCUCAAUUGCAUGCAAUCAUUUGUGGUCUGAGAAUAGCUAUGGCUCCACUUGUGAAUUCAAGUGCUCAGAAGGAUGGAAGUUAAAUGGGUCCAGUGUAAUAAAGUGUGGACCUACAGGAGAUUGGACAGAGGACAUUCCUGAAUGUGAAGCUGUACAGUGUCCAGAUGUAUCUGCUCAGCCUCAGAGAUAUGUGAAUUGUUCUCAUCCAUGGGGAGACUUCAGUUUUCAAUCCUUCUGCCACUUUGGAUGCUUGGAUGGAUUUCUACUUGAUGGAAGCAAUAGGAGCCAAUGUUUGUCUUCUGGGAGAUGGAGUACUGAUUCUCCAUAUUGUAUAGCUGUGCAUUGUCCACAUUUAUCAGCUCAGCCUCAGGGGUAUAUGAAUUGUUCUCAUCCAUGGGGAAUCUUCAGAUUUCAAUCCCUUUGCCAUUUUGGAUGUUUGGAUGGAUUUCUUCUUCAUGGGAAUGAUACAAGCCAAUGUCUGUCUUCUGGGAGAUGGAGCAAAGAUACUCCACAUUGUGCAGAACAGAUGACUUUCCUGCAUCAUCCACUGGAUCAUCAAAAAGCAGUAUUUAUUGUUGGGUUGAUGACUGCUGCAAGUGCACUAACCCUAGGAUUAGCUUUGUGGUUGAUUAUCAGACAACGUAAAAAAGAGUAUGAACAUGAGGAGUCCUCGGUGGAGAACAAUGAAAUCGAAAAAGGAUUAAUGGACGAAGCAACGAGACCUGAAAAAUAUUUGGAAUUCUUAAAUACGUCGGUCAAAAUAUUUGGCGAAAAAUUCAAUCAUGUGGCUUAUCUGUACAAUAUGGACGUGAUCAUGCUUUUGCUAUGA